CCUGCCCCGCCCCGCGGUGACGCGUGGCUCCGGGUUCCUCCCCCCCACCCGCAGUAUAAGGCCGCUCCUGGCAACUGGCCGUUCUCCUCGCCUCGCCGCUCGCCUAGCUGCCCGGUGGCCGCGCUCCCGCCUCCGCCCCCAGCUGCCGCAGCCCCGCGCCCCCCGGCCCGCUCCGGCUCUUUCUCUUUCUGCCUGUGCCAUCUCGUACCAGCGCUGUGCUGCGUUUCCCCUGCCGGUCGCCCCCGCAGCCUAUGGCCCUUGAAGGCGCCGCUGCUGCCGCCUGUAUUUCUGCUGUAGGUUCCCACAUCCCUCUUUAAAAAUUCCGCCUAAAAAGAGAAGACGAUUUACCAAAUCUUUCGGGCCGUUAUCUCACGGCAAGAUCUCUGAUCAAGUUUACAACUAUCCAGAGGGCUUAGGAGAAGUGCUUUAUAGAGAACAGUUCGACUUCAACGCUGAGCCACCUUGGGAACCUAGCUGAUGAUAGUAGGGUUCCAUCUCCUAACUUGUCCAUUUUGUUGCAUAAUUUAAGGACCCGGAUAUAAGGCUUGGAAGCCCAUCCCUUGUGUUUCUUGGUUUAUGACUGUCGGCUUUGUGGAAUACGGCUGAGAUGAAAGGAUUUCUUGAGGAUGCAAAUUACUCCAUUGGCCUAUUGGAUGAAGGAGCAACUCUGACAGAUGUUAUUGACAACUGUAUUUAUGAACAUACUCAUCAAAUAAAUAGGUAAACUACUGGCAACAUGUCAUGUCUCCAACCACUGACUGGCUCACAGAGGAUAGCUGCCUCCUGCUGCUUUCAUUUACUCCUUUAGCUCAAGGGGUAGAGGCCUGUGCCAUGGAUCUAAAGCUCCAGAUCCCAUUCCUGCUGGUGACCCAUACAGGGGACUGGAAAAAGAGCAUUUUAUGUUGGUGAUCUUGGAAAGCUUGUGAAGAAGAACAUACAAUGGCAGAAUGUGAUGGCACCAAUAAAACCAUUUUAUCCUGUAAGAUGCAAUUCUACUCCUGGUGUACUCGAAAUUCUGGGAACCCUUGGUGUUGGAUUUGCAUGUUCCAGUAAAUCUGAAAUGGUAUUGGUUCAAGACCUGGGCAUUUCUCCUGAAAACAUCAUAUAUACAAAUCCUUGCAAGCAAGCUUCUCAGAUCAAGUAUGCAGCAAAAGCUGGGAUAAACAUCAUGAUUUGUGACAAUGAUAUUGAGCUGAAGAAAAUUGCACGUAACCAUCCAAAUGCUAAGCUCUUACUGCACAUUGCCACAGAAGACAUCACUGCUGAUGAGGAGAUGAAUAUGAAGUUUGGCACCACCCUGAAGAACUGUAGGCAUCUCAUGGAAUGUGCUAAGGAGUUGGGAGUCCAAGUAGUUGGUGUUAAAUUUCAUGUUUCAGGCUCUUGCAAGGACCUGCAGACAUACAUUCAUGCUUUAUCUGAUGCUCGGUGUGUGUUUGACAUGGCUGAAGAAUUUGGCUUUAAGAUGAACAUGUUGGAUAUUGGUGGGGGCUUCACAGGUUCAGAACUUCAGCUGGAAGAGGUUAAUCAUGUCAUCAGGCCCUUGCUGGAUGUCUACUUUCCUAAGGAAUCUGGGGUUAAUGUGAUUGCAGAGCCUGGAUGUUACUAUGUUUCAUCUGCAUUUACACUAGCGGUUAAUGUCAUUGCAAAGAAGACUGAGUAUGAUAAACUUCUUCCUUCUGGAGUGGCGCAAACCAGGAAAGAUGAUGAACCAGUAUUUACAUACUACAUAAACGAUGGUGUUUAUGGUUCUUUUGCAAGUAAAUUGUCUGAGAAACUGAAUACUAUCCCAGAGGUUCACAAGAAAUACAAGGAAGAUGAGCCUCUGUUCUCAAGCAGCCUUUGGGGUCCAUCCUGUGAUGAGCUUGAUCAAAUUGUGGAAAACUGUCUUCUUCCUGAAUUGAGCGUUGGAGAUUGGCUGAUCUUUGAUAACAUGGGUUCUGGUACCUUAGGUGAACAGUCUACCUUUAAUGACUAUCAGAGGCCACUGAUUUACUACAUGAUGUCUUUCAGUGACUGGGAUGAGAUGCAAGAUGCUGGAAUUGCUUCAGACACAUUGAUGAAGAAUUUCUUCUUUGUGCCUUCUUGCAUUCAGCUGGGCCCAGAAGACCGCUUUUCCACUGCAGCUUAAACAGGCAGUAACGCUUCAUUUAGACCUGCAGUUGCAAGUCUGUAGUUUGUCUGGUCAACAUUCCAGUGUGGAAGAAAUGGAACAAUCUUGAAUUCAAUUCAUUUUCUUCAAAACUUGAAAAAAAAAAAAAGUAAUAGUUAAUGGGGACCAGGCAAAACAAGCUACAGCUACAAUUCACUGGGGGGUGGGAGGGUUAGAUAAUGACAUCCAAAUUUAAAAUCAAGUUCAUUCAACCCCUGAGCGUUUAAAUAUGCAACAAAAUGGAUGACUUAGUGGAGAUGGAAACCCACCACUUGGGUUCUUCAACAGUUUACAUACAAGUACACAGUUUUUAUACUAAGGAUUCCUGUUAGAAAAGUCUUGUAAAGUUAUUGUCUUUCACCCAGAUAUAUCAAAUGUCAGUGGGAGACCAGUGUGACUUCAUUAGAUGUUUAGUGUAUUUAGAAUGUGUAAAUUUGUGCUUUGAACUGUAGUUUAAUAAAUGUAAAAUUGCAUCAUAGUAUUUGUUGUAUUUGACCCUUGAUGUAUCCCUUGUAUGACUGCAAUAAAACUUUGUGUAGAUUU